AUGAGGUUCUUGAAAAGGAGGAAUGAGAAAUUAUCGCCUUUGUAUAUUGAAAAUGGAGGCAAGCUGUUAGAAGGGCUUAUUGCUUCCUCUAAUGGUAAGUAUAACAUUCCUUAUCGCGUCCUCACCGUUGAAGAACUUAAUAAAGCAACAAACGUCGAUUUCCCUGUUCUAAGUGAAGAUGAUUCCAGAGCUGUUAUGCGGGAUGGAACUGGCAAUUACUUCAGCGGCAUUUUUCAGCAACGGUCUAUUCUGGUGAAGAAGUUCCAUUUUUAUGGUAACGAAGACAAAUUGGCGUCCUAUGCUGUCAACGACAUAGUAGUCACGGUGUUGAUGAACCGCCACAAAAAUGUUUUGAAGGUCUUGGGUUGCUGCUUAGAUUUGGAAAUUCCUGCUAUUAUCUACGAAAUCGACAUGAUUAAUUGUAAACUUCUGCGUGACCUUCUUUAUAGAAAGAUAGAAGGGGAUAAUAUUGACAGUAAUGGUGUUGCUAAGCUUGUCGAUUUCUCAUUCUGCGUAGCAUUGCCUCCAGGAAAAUCACAGGUGCAAGUAGAUAUUGUUGUACAGACGACAUAUUUUCUUGAUUUCGAAUAUUUGGAAACAGGCAUUAUCACAGAGAAGGUCGAUGUCUACAUGUUUGGAAUUAUUCUCCUUGAACUCUUAACUGGUAGUGGCCUUUUCAAAGUAGAUGAUAAAUAUACUCCUUUAGUGAACGACGUCGCGAACAGCAGCGUUGACGCUGCCGUGAACUGGGCCGGUCAACGCUGCCUCGAACUGCUACGCAAAGACGAGAGGAGACGACGGCGGUUGGCAGAACAGAGGGAAGAGAGGAGACGGCGGCGAUGGCUUCACAGAGAAGAGGGAGGAAUGGAAUUCAUCUUUGAAAUCAGUCUGGGAUACAAAAUUCCUUCUUCACUAUUUAUGUAUUUACAGUUGAAACAUUUAAAACUUUCUGCUUGUUUGAUCAAUCCUCCUCCAACCUUCAAAGGAUUUAAUAGACUGAUCAGGCUGGAAUUGUGUAACGUCAACAUUGAUGCUGAAGUACUAAAAAGUUUGAUAUCCAGCUGCCCGUUACUGGAGCAAUUGUUGCUGGAUUUCCCAAUUGAAUUUGACUUGGAAAUUGAUGCUCCUAUGCUAAGACUCUUUCAACUUCGAUGUUUCUGUUCAUCUAUUUAUAUAAAGAGAUCCCUGCAUCUUGCAGCAGUUACAGUUACUGCUUACGAUCAUUAUGCAGUUGAUGACAUUAACUAUGGAAACUGUAACUUCGUUGAGUUCUUUGAUUCUCUUCCAGCCCUUCAUAAACUGUACAUGGACUUCUAUUUUAUGCUGGUGUCAAGUUCAAACAAUGCUUCCAACUUCUUUAAUCCACCUUAA